AUGUGUGAACGAUUUGGGGCGCUAUGGUAUGUCCCAUUGGCUAUUUUUGUUAUUGUCCUUUACAAUGAGUAUUUGAUAUAUUACAUAACAAUCUAUGUGACAUGUUCGUGGCCUGUAUUGCCAUCGCGAGAACAUGAACAGAAAGAAGAGACGAGAGUAAUGAUUUUAACCGAUAUUCAUCUCCUCGGACCUCGUCGAGGACAUUGGUUCGACAAGUUGAGGCGGUUCGCUUUCCUGUCCUUUUUUUUAUUCUCUAGAAUUUCAGGCGAUAUAUUUGAUGAAGGUACCAUAAGCAAUCAGCAGGAACUUACGAAUAAUAUAAAUCGUUUCAACGAACUUUUUUAUGUACCUAGAGAUGUUGAGAGACAGUGUAUUCUGGGUAAUCAUGAUAUUGGAUUUCAUGAUCAGAUUAGUCCAGCACGACUCCGGUUUCUGUCCGAACAUUUUUCACGGUCAUUUGCUGAUCACAUUGUUAUCGGUGGGAAUCAUUUUGUAUUGCUAAAUUCGAUGACACUUGAACGUGAUGGUUGUUUCCUCUGCACCUCCACCGAACGUCAAAUUGAGGAACUGAGUCGAAGUUUUGAUUGCACCAAAAAUGUAACAAUAUGUAAUACACAAUCAAGACCUGUUCUGCUACUUCACUUUCCAUUGUAUAGGGAAAGUGAUGCGAACUGCCCGGAUGACUAUGAUGCAGCUCCGGAACCAAUGAAAUCGAAUCGCUUUCAUGUUGGCAUUGAUUGUCUUUCCAAUGCUUCAUCCCAGUAUAUUUUGGAAAAGUUGAAACCUCGUGCUGUUUUUAAUGGUCAUGCACAUUAUAGUUGUCGAACUUGGUGGCCACCACCGUACAGUAUGAAUGAAUGGACACUAUCAUCGUUUUCAUGGCGAAAUAUCCCACAACCUGCUUUUCUUCUUGUCACCGUAAUGCCCGAUGAUAUUCAGGUCAACAAGUGCUUUCUACCGAAUGAGAAAACUGUUAUUGGUAGUUAUAUUGUGGUUGCUUUGGGUAUAAUAGUUUUUUUGUUCUAUCGUUUAGUUUCACAUUUACGGCACCGACAGCCAUAUUCGUCAUACCAAAUCGUAACUCAGAAGUGCGAUUAA